AUGACCUCUGUGAUCACAAUGGACUCACCAUCUUUCCAGUCACUCGCCCACCAACCAAGGGUGCGCGCCCACUCCACCUUUGCGGCACAGUCAUCCAUCAACAAGCACGGCGCCAUCAGCAAACGCUCUCACCUCGACGGCCGCGAUCGAUCCAUAUCGGCCUCCCAGGCUGACAGACUCUUCCACUUCGCCGCCGAGCAGAGCACCACUCAGGCCGACAUCGACCAAGGCACCAUCAACCCAUCAUCGACAUUAGGCAUCCAGUGGCUUACACCUCAACACUCACCUGAACCCCAAGGCUCCGAGACCGAACACCCGAUUCAGCCGUACCCGCAGUGGACGGCACCGACUCCUCCUAGAUCCGACUCUGGUGUACCUUCAGUCUCUGUCGACUUCAACGACCUUCCCGUGGCUACUGGCAUCAGUAUCUCACCCGAGUUCGCGUUUGAGCAGCCAACUGCGCAAGCGGAGAUGAGCUCGUUAGGGUUCUUGCUUCCAACGCAAUACGGAUCAGGCCCAGGAGAAUCUGACCCUGCCAGCUACACGAUGGAUCAAAACUACAUCCCUCCCAUGCGCAUGUCGCAACCAGCUACAACCAGCGGUACUACUGCCUACGCGCAAACAGUCUCAUCCAGCCCAUCACAUUACCAGCAGAGCAGCAGGACGCCUGAUCUAUCAUCCAGUCGCCGUCACUCUGAGAUGCCCGCAUCCAGUGCAGGCCAAGCUUACGACCAAAGUUACCGCCGAAUAAGCAGUCCAUAUGACAACAUGUCAAGUGGUGCCUACUCAAUGCCCCAAACUCAAAACAUCCCAUCCAUCAGCGGCAUCACCCAAAGCCCACUCCCCUCACCAGGCAUGUCCCACACCUCAGGAACCCCAUCAAUGCCGCAAUACAACAGCAGCAUGUCAAGAUCCCCAAACAUGUACGACAGCACCAUAUACUCCCACCAACCCGCCUACACCACAGCCCCAACCGCCACCCAGCUCUACGCCUCCUCCCAGCAACAACAACCCAUACCCUACCCCCCACCACCACCACCACCACCCUACAGCGCCUCCAACGCAGCGCUCGCAAAGCCACCAAGCAGCAGCGACUCCUCCAUCCGCGUCCUGAACCAACGGCCCAAACCCCAAUGCUGGGAACACGGCUGUAACGGUCGCCAGUUCUCCACGUUUAGCAAUCUCCUACGACAUCAGAGGGAGAAGUCUGGCACGUCGGCGAAAUCUUACUGCCCGAAGUGUGGGGCCGAGUUUACGAGGACGACGGCGAGGAAUGGUCAUUUGGCGCAUGAUAAGUGCACGAAGCAGCGGCAGGUGGGGGAGGGGAAGUGA